AUGAAACUAGUCGGUGUUCAAACUCUUGUGUUAUAUUCAGUCACAAUUUUUACAACCUUCGUGGCUACUUACGGGCUAACAUUUCUAUAUGAACCACACGACGUGACACUGUUUGAAGGAGACUCAUUAACAAUUCCGUGCACGCUUAGUUCCCGUCUAACCAAUGUACAGGUGUACUGGUACAACAAUACUCGUCAGAUCAGCUUCGACAACUUGAGAUAUGAAUUGAAUGGUAUUUUACGAUACGAUCUUCAAAUUACUGACCUUGAACUAUCUGAUUCGGGUAACUAUAGUUGCUUGGUAUACAUAAAUGGUGAAUAUGUUGCUACAUCACGGACAGGAAAUGUGAAUGUAAUCUUGAAACCUUAUUUCCGGAAGAUUCCUUCUGACGUCAUAACCGUGGAAGGCGAAACUGUAGUUUUAACGUAUACGCUCGCUAACUUUGACGCAAAUAAAUUCGACAUUUACUGGAACCGUGACAAGAUCAAAAUCGCAAAAAACUACGAUAUAUUUAAAGGACCGCGGUAUUCAAUUGAAGGGAAUGGCAAUGGUGUAUUCGAUCUAAUCAUAAACACAUCAACAGUGGAAUAUAGCGGACAAUACCAGUGUGCAUGCGUUUAUCAAAGUGGCGGUGCAUUAAUUACGGUCUCCGGAAAAACGAAUUUGAAAAUCCUUUCCAAACCAAGUUGCUCACAGAAUCCUAUGUCAAAUUACUAUAUGGAAGGCGAGUAUCUUAUCACGGAGUGUCGAAAUACGGGAGAUGCGGAAACGAGAUUGUCUUGGCGUAAUAAAGGAAACGCGCCAAUGUCAGUAACUCCCACAUCCCACAAUGCGUCAUACAUUCGACGAGAGUGGAAACUAACUUCUGAGAACAACGGUGAUGUUAUAAUAUGUGUCAUGAAACAUCCCGCAAUUGAAGAACAAGUAUGUAUGAUUGGUCCGAUCACUGUAAUUCAAGUUACGACCUCCAGGUAUUUCAUUUCCAUAGCAACGUCAAACCCCACGACCAAACUCGUAUCCAAACACGAGGAAAUAGUCACAUCAUCCUCAGGUUCCGUUUACAUCGUUAUUUACUGUAUAACAUCACUUGUGGCUGUUGUUAUUACCGUCAUUUCUGUCGUUGUCAUUUGGCGGAAAAAGUCACACUUUUGCAAAGAAAAGAAACAUGGUCAACGGCGGACAUUUUCAUAUAUGAACGAAACAACGGAUCGGGCUGAAAACGACCACAUAUUAUUGGAAAGGGAACGGGGCGUAAACAACGUUGAAGUAGAUGAUGAACGGCUGUCUUUAAAUGAAAGCACUGAACCUAACACCGUCACGUAUGCCACGGUCGGGGAACGCCAGGCAAGAACAGCCAGUAACUCGGACUUGAACAGCGCCCGCUACGAAAAUUUACCCCAAUUACCAAAUCGCCUCAAUGACCCAGAUUCUCAAAAUACGGAAUCUAACAAUGACGAUGGUUUAGUGUAUGCCGAACUUGAGCUUGACGAUCAGUCGACAUCGCUGCCACUUCAAAAUGACGAUAAAGUAUCGUACGCUGAACUGAAACGCUGUUAA